AUGGACAGUGCGGUUGCGGAUGGGCACGGGGCCGAGGUCCGCGGCACGCUCCGCCCCGUGCCGCCCUCGGAGCAGCGGGCGGUGUUAGGGGAGGAGCUCGCUGGUGUUGCCCGAAAGGCCUUUCCGCUCUAUGUCGGCCCUCGCCGGCUUCCGUUGGCUGCCGGUGCGGGGCGGCGGCGGGGCCAUGCCCCGGAAGGUGCGCGCGGGAGGGCCGGAGGGGAGGGCAGGCGGGGGGUGCCCGCGGUUACCGCGUUUGUUCUGUUUCAGGGCAGAGGAGCCGGGAAGGGGCCCUCGGGACCGGACACCGCCGCGGGGCCGGUGGCGGCGGCGGGUGACGGCUGCGUGAGGGUGGCGGUGCGCGCCAAGCCCGGCGCCAGGAGCAGCGCCGUCACAGAUGUGACGGCAGAGGCAGUAGGUAUAGCUAUUGCUGCACCUCCAUCAGAUGGGGAGGCCAAUGCAGAGCUGUGUCGCUACCUCUCCAAGGUGCUAGAAGUGAAGAAGAGUGAAGUCACAUUAGAGAAGGGUGGUAAAUCACGUGAAAAAGUGGUGAAGAUUGUGGUAUCGAUGACACCAGAUGAGGUUUUAGAAAAACUGAAAAAAGAAGCUUCCAGUUGACCUAAAACAAGAGUGAGAAAUGGGAAAAUGCAUCUUGGUAAAUGGACUGACAGUAUUUCUGAUGUAAAUCUUGUCCUGUUGAGAAUGUGGCUACUGACUGGGGAAGAACAUUUCUUCCUUCCCACCCAGUAGAUCUGCUGUACAGUUUUGUGUGG